AAUAAUCACAUAAAUAGAUCACAUGCAGUUUUGGAGAUUAGUGUGAAAAGAAAGGGAAGAAACAAAUAUCCAAAUCAGGUCUUGCAUGGGAAACUUGCACUUGUAGAUCUUGCUGGUAGUGAACGCGCUACUGAGACAAAUAAUGCUGGCCAAAAAUUGCGAGAUGGAGCUAACAUUAAUCGUUCACUUCUUGCUUUAGCAAACUGCAUAAAUGCGUUGGGAAAACAACAGAAAAAAGGUCUUGCUUAUGUCCCUUACCGUAACAGUAAAUUGACACGAAUUUUGAAAGAUGGUUUAAGUGGUAAUUCUCAGACUGUGAUGAUUGCUACGAUAUCACCUGCAGAUAUUCAGUAUCAUCACACUGUGAAUACAUUGAAAUAUGCUGACCGAGCAAAGGAAAUUAAGACACACGUACAGAAAAACGUUGGAGUAGUAGACACCCAUGUAUCAGACUACCAACGGAUGAUUGAUAGUCUUCAGACUGAGGUUUGUCAACUGAAAAAGAAACUGGCUGAAAAGGAGUCCCAGCUCAGUAGUAAACCUGCUGAACAGGCUGCAGAUGAUGAGCUGUCUUGGUUGAAUAUCACAAGUCAUGAAAUAAGUGAGAACGUUCAGGAAAGAAUAAACUUACAGAAAGCUAUGUCUGAGCUUGAGGAAACCAACCUUAAUAAUCGCUCAGAACUCCAACGACUUGAUGACAUUAUUUCAAGACAUCAGGCUGUUGAAUUGGAUGGAGCAAUCGUAAAGGAUUUGAUUGCCCGACGUCUAGUAAUUUUAGAUAACAUUCGUGAAAAUGAUGAAGCAGGAAUCAAUUAUCAGAAGGAAAUUAAAGCCAAUGAAAAGCAGCGGGGUCAACUUCAAGGCAUGAUUGAUGAAGCCGUUAGUAGAAAUGGGAAUAAAACCUACUUGCGGAUACUUAGUCAGUAUAGACUGCUGGGAAUGGCUAACUCUGAGCUUCAGUUAGAGAUUGCAAUGAGAGAUCAAGUCAUUCACCAUCAACGAGAAGGUCUGAAAAACUUAUGGAACCUGCUUAUGGGACAGGGACUUGACGAGAAACAGAUAUCGCACCUUGCAGUCGAGCAGGGUCUGAGAAUUGAAGGCUGGACAAUGACUCCUUCUCUGGCGCUUGUUGAAAAGCAGUCGUCUAGUCUCACUUCGAGUAGACCUACAUCUGUUGGCCCAUCUUCUGGAAUAGAGUACUUGGAGGGAACCAAAACUUGUGACUUCACCAUCAGCAUAUUCAAGGGUUAAGAGUGUUGAUGGGAAGCCAAACAUGUGUUUUGGUUCCCCUGAGAAGCGAGAUCCUUACAAGUCGUUUUUGGAUAUGUCAAGUCAUGCUUCUCAUGGUGGGAGCUGCAUAUCAACAUCAUCUGUCGUUAGCGAUUUAGCGAGCGGCAGAAGGUAAGUUUGAGUCCUGUUAUAUAGGCAAUUAUCAUACUAAUAUUUCAAAACUCAUCUUAAAUAGAUAGCUUGUUUUGGAUCGUUCUUCUCAAGAGAUCAGUUUGAAUUAGUCUUCUUACUCAUUGAGAGCCUAUCUGACGAGCUUACCGCAAGUUCUUUUCUUCGGGUGGCUCCAGACUUGUGUACAAGCACAUUCAUUCUGAGAUGCAUAGUAUCUUCGAACAAUGCAAUUAGUUCUCUGACAGGAUUACUGAGGUCACAUCUUUUACUAAGAAAUUAUAGUGGAGGAGGGGAUAUAGCAACAUCUAUUACUAGAAAUUUACUAAGCAACACAAGAAAAGGACACACAAGCCCAUUCACAUGGCUUUAUUUAACAUAGACUGUGCUAAUGAAAACAAGCACUUGGAUCUCGCAUGCUUUGCCCAUUUUCUGCUAGUGGGUAAGGGCCCUUUGGUUUUGAUCUAUUGACCCUGAUCACAGAGGCUAGACCUCUGUUUUGUCGGACCAAGAUUUCCGAUGACACUACACUUAUUUUUUAUUUUUUAUGAAGUCACUUGUUAUUGGCUCUUUAGAUUCUUUUUCCUCUUCCAUUAGUCAAUAGGAGGGGGAGAGUGGUUUGGGGCAACAUAGCUAACAACCAGAUGUAACACUGGUGCUAGUUUGCCUGUAUAUGUAUAUACUAUUUUGAUGCAAAUACCAUUUGUGGAUGGCGAGACAUUUUAUGAAUCGUAAAGUAAGUUGUUAAAUUUU